AUGGUAGGCGCCGAAAGCGUAAUUUGUCGACUGGCAGAAGACACGGAUGCAGGCAUUGAUAUGGUGGCAGAGACGCUGCCUGCCGACGUGCUCGAGAAGAUGCAUGCGCCGACUAAGCCGGACGUGCCCCUUGCCGACCCGCACAAGUUGCCAGAGGCCGACGCGUUUGUCUUCGGCUUCCCAACGCGGUUCGGCAUGAUGUGCUCCCAGAUGAAGAACUUUUUCGACGCCACGGGCAUGCUCUGGCAGAACGGCGCCCUGCACGGCAAGCCGGUUUCAUUGUUCACCUCUACCGCCAGCCAGGGCGGCGGCCAGGAGACAACCCUCAUGACUGCGGUCACACAGCUUGCGCACCAUGGUAUGAUCUACGUGUCCGCCGGCUACGCCGCCGGUGGAGUCAUGUUUGGGUUGCAGGAGGCCAAGGGCGGCUCGCCGUGGGGUGCCGGCACGCUGGCCGGCCCGGAUGGCUCCCGGCAGCCGUCGGAGGGGGAGCUGGAGGCAAUUCGUUCGCAGGCCAAGGCAUUCGGCCCAAUUGCCAAGAAGCUCGCUGCAUAA